AAAUAGCGGAGGGUGUUUUCUGCAAUGUUUUCACUUUAAGCGGCAUGAAAGCGGCUGUAGGGUCAGUCAGGGGGAAGCUAGCCACACGCCCGCUUGCUCGCUGGCGGGCAUGUACGCGCGCCCGAGGAGCGCUUUCCGGCUGCGCUAGGAGCCGCACUUUCUGUGCGUUAGCCGCCUGUUUAAAUUAGAAGGGCCACAGGGCUGAGCGAGUGAGCAGGGCGCUAUUCCAGCGCCAAGGAGGGAAAGGCGAGGCGGCAACAGCCCGCCGCCGAAGCCGACGCUAUUUCCUCUAGCGAAGAGGCAUCUGCCGGAGGGCGAGUGAGCAGCAGCCCAAGGCACUUCUUCUUAUCCAGCAAGAAACAUGGAGCAAGUACACUGACCUGAACUACAACCCGGCUGCUGCCCAGCAAUGGGUUGUGUGCAAUGCAAGAAGAAGAAAGCGAACAAGAGCCAGAGCAAUGGUGGGGAGGGGGCAGGUAACCCACCCCCGACCUCCUGCUAUGACCCUGACCCCACCCAGCAGAACCUGCACAACAGCUUCACCCGCAUCCCGGACUACAACAACUUCCAGGGCACGCCGGGGCCUUCUACUCCUGCCUUCAUGGGGGGCACCAACCUGUACCCCAGCUCUUCCCUGCACGUCCAUGGAGUCGGGAUUGCAGGAGGAGGAGUGACGCUUUUCGUGGCCUUGUACGAUUAUGAAGCCCGAACGGAGGAUGACCUAACAUUUGUGAAGGGAGAGAAAUUCCACAUCAUCAACAACACGGAGGGUGACUGGUGGGAGGCACGGUCUCUGAACACGGGUGCAACAGGCUACAUCCCCAGCAAUUACGUGGCUCCUGUGGACUCCAUUCAGGCAGAGGAGUGGUACUUUGGGAAAAUUGGCCGUAAGGAUGCUGAGAGGCAGCUGCUUUGCCAUGGCAAUCCCCGGGGCACCUUCCUCAUCCGUGAGAGUGAGACCACCAAAGGUGCCUACUCGCUGUCCAUCCGCGACUGGGACGAGGUGAAGGGCGACCACGUCAAGCAUUAUAAGAUCCGGAAAUUAGACAGCGGUGGCUACUACAUCACCACACGGGCUCAGUUCGACACCGUGCAGCAGCUGGUCCAGCAUUACAUAGAGAGAGCUGCAGGGCUGUGCUGCCGCCUGGCCGUGCCGUGCCACAAGGGGAUGCCCAAGCUGGCAGACCUGUCCGUCAAAACCAAAGACGUUUGGGAGAUCCCGCGAGAAUCGCUGCAGCUCAUCAAGAAACUGGGCAAUGGGCAGUUUGGGGAAGUGUGGAUGGGCACUUGGAACGGCACCACUAAAGUGGCGGUGAAGACGCUGAAGCCCGGCACCAUGUCCCCUGAAGCCUUCCUGGAGGAGGCCCAGAUCAUGAAGCGCCUGCGGCACGACAAGCUGGUGCAGCUGUACGCAGUGGUGUCGGAGGAGCCCAUCUACAUCGUCACAGAGUUCAUGAGUCAAGGGAGUUUGCUGGACUUUCUGAAAGAUGGAGAUGGUCGUUUCCUGAAGUUGCCACAGCUGGUGGACAUGUCGGCCCAGAUUGCGGCGGGCAUGGCUUACAUCGAGCGCAUGAACUACAUCCACCGGGACCUGCGGGCCGCCAACAUCCUUGUGGGGGACAACCUGGUCUGCAAGAUCGCCGACUUUGGCCUGGCUCGCCUCAUUGAGGACAACGAAUACACAGCACGGCAAGGUGCCAAAUUCCCGAUCAAGUGGACAGCCCCUGAAGCCGCUCUUUAUGGCAAGUUCACCAUCAAGUCAGAUGUGUGGUCCUUUGGCAUCCUGCUGACAGAGCUUGUGACCAAGGGUCGAGUACCCUACCCAGGCAUGAACAACCGGGAGGUGUUGGAGCAAGUGGAACGGGGGUAUCGCAUGCAGUGCCCUGGAAACUGCCCCCCCUCGUUGCACGACCUGAUGCUGCAGUGCUGGAAGAAGGAGCCCGAGGAGCGCCCCACCUUCGAAUACCUCCAGUCCUUUCUUGAAGACUACUUCACUGCCACAGAGCCUCAGUAUCAGCCGGGGGACAACCAGUAACUUGCCAGGAGGGCUGGCUCGGAACCGAGACCGUGGAUGGGCCACUCACGGGGGCCUCCGUGGAGGGGGGCGCUCUGGGGCGCGGCCGUCGGGAGACGCAACCCUUCCCCUCGCCAGGGGCUGAAGAUCCCGUUUUUGUAGAACUGGAGUCGGACUCCUCUCUCUCUCUCUCUCUCUCUCUCUCUCUCUCUCUCUCUCUCUCUCUCUCUCUCUCUCUCUUUCUCUGUUCUCUACUUUCUUCUUCUUUUUUAUAUAAUUCCAAGUUGUGGCAGAAGGGGAUGGUUUUGUUUUUUAAGAAUUGUGAUUUUGUGUUUUAA